GCACGGAGCUUCCCGCUGGUCUAGUGUCACUUCUCAAACAAAAGCGGCUUUAGUGAGAACAUCGGCCACAACCAUGUCAGGAAAGGGGCCCAACAAUUACCAGGAGUGGAUCCUGGAGACAAUAGACUCGCUUCGCUCGAGAAAAGCCCGUCCGGAUUUGGAGAGGAUUUGCCGAAUGGUCCGGAGACGGCACGGGUCAGAUCCAGACCAAACCAGAGCAGAACUGGAGAAACUCAUCCAAUCACAGACUGUGCUCAAAGUUAGCUACAAAGGAUCAAUUUCGUAUCGGAACGCGGCGAAAGUCUUGAGAAAAAGCAGGAAAAAGAGUGAGUUUGCCGCGUCUAUUGAUGAGAGUGCCAAACCGGAGCAUCUGAACAACAGCGGCGACAGCGCGCAAAUUUUCCCUGAUCCGGACCAGAGGGAAGCACCCGUCGGCCCCAGUGAAUGUGAGAUUCCGCUAAAUUCAGUUUGCGACAGCGCAGCACCACGUUGUGCCGCUCAUUUAGAAGAUCGGGGAACAAGUGUGACCAACAUAAGCUCCUGCCAGCAGGAUGGGUGCAGACAGCCGUCCCGUGUGGGACACACAACAUGCACGCACAGCGUCAGCUCAACGCCCUGUGGAGAAGAUGACUCUCCUGGUGUAAAUUGUCCGAGCAAUAAAACUUGCAAUCUCCCCUUACAGAGACACACUCUAUCCACCAAGCCUAAACUUCGUAGUGCCAACGGUGCACCGAGCGACAGACUUGUGGCCUCUGUCCGCAGUCUGUCUGUGGGUAACGCAGAUCACAUGAAGGCGCUCGGACUCAAAGACGUGCUGAGCUACCUGCGCUGCCCGGAGCGCCUCUCGUGUGAGGAAACGCUGACUGGAGGCAAAGUCAAAGUGGUCGUAGAGCGAGGGGUGGAGCGAGGCCAUCUGCGCUGGACGCGCUGCAGAGACAUCACUCUACCUUUGGGUGCAGCACUCGAGCCGAGAGUUGGAGGGAAGAAGAAUGACCCUGCACAAAGUACCAGUGAGGACGAGAGAUGGUUGGAUCCUCAGGAGGUGCAAAUGGAGGAGGACAUUUCACAAAGUUGUGGAGAGUGUUCAAGAUCUCCCGUAGCCAUGACAAUGAAAACAGAGGCUGAGGAUGCAGAGGUCCUGACCGCAUCACUAAAGCACUUAACCAAAGGCAGGCCUUUUUCAGAUUGUGGGACAUCUUACCUCCUUACACCUAUCGCCUCCCCCACAGACUCAGGCUUGGAUGAACCAGGAUUCUUCAGUAUGGAGUCCCUGAGCCCCAUGGACUGGAGUGUGUCUGAUGUGGUGAGUUAUUUCUCAGCAGCAGGGUUUCCAGAGCAGGCUGCUGCAUUUAGGACACAGGAAAUAGAUGGGAAAUCCCUACUCCUCAUGCAGCGCAGUGAUGUUUUGACUGGCCUCUCGAUCAAACUGGGUCCAGCUCUCAAGAUUUACGAGCACCAUGUUAAAGCUCUACAGAAAAUACACUUUGAGGAGGAGGAGCUCUGAAGCACACAGGUCCUCCAUUAACUCUGGACGAAAUUAUAACUGAUCCAGUAAAUGUGACUUCAAAUAUAAUUCAUAAAGACUUUUUUUAAACAAACCUUUCCCAUUGAAAUACAAGAUCCUACACUGCAUUGUUUAUUGUUGUUGUUUUUUUAUGUCAUCAUUGCCCUGUCCAAUAGAGACUGGACCACUUUUGAUUUCCUAUGCGACUAAACUAGCUCAAAAUCUUGACAAUCUUGACUAACCAUUACAUUUAAACAACUAGCCUUUUUUUAAAUCAUAAUUUAGCUACUACAUGCUCAAAGGCAUUAAGAUUUAAAUACAUGUAAUAUGUAUUAACUUUAAUCAAUCAAGUUUAGUCAAUCAAUCAUAACAUCACCAGCAUUUUGGACCUUAAGCCUUACAUUACAUGGCCUAAUCAACUUGACUAUAUUUUGGGGUGGCCACAUCUUGUUCCUUAUUCUGCAUAUAGUGAUUCAGAUUGAUUUGAGGUUUUAUACCAGAUGCCCAAACUGUAUAACUGUUUUCUUGUAGCUGAACAGUUGGUUCAUAUUGAAGUAAAAUAUU